AUAUAUAGUUUUACAUUGUCUGUAUUCGUAAUUAUUGGUUUAAAAUGGCAUAUUUAAAUCUUUAUCUGUUAUUUUCAUUGAGUGUCUGUUACUGGGCCGGCUGUGUGUUUUUUUUCCCGCUCAGCGGCUCCGCCUUGACUGAGACGAGUCAGAAAACUGCAAAAACAAACAACAACAACACAAACAGCAAACCCAACUCACACGCUGGCGCUGAAGAGAUUCCCGACCUCCACUUGCUGAGAGCCGAGCAGCCUGCCCCCCUCCCGCUGCGGCCCCCCCGCCCUUACACGCUGCCGCUCGCCCGCGAAGACUACAGCUACCAGCCCCAGCCCCGGCACCUGAAGCCGGCUCGCCUCCUCAGAGUCCUCGGCGCCUCCUUCGACCCUUUCUGGAUGUCCGUCGAAAAACCUUUCGCUCCGGAACCCCGCGAGACCAACGGCUCCUUUUCAAACCGCAGCCCGGAGCUCGCGGAGGGGGCCGCGCGCUACCGGAGAAAGCUCGAGAAGGAGGCGGGAGGAGUGGAUCUGGACUGGUUCGGCUCGGACGAGCGGGACCGGUUCCGGGCGUGGCUGGUCCGGAUGGCGUCCUGCCGCCUCACCCACCGCUGGGUCGAGCUGGGUCCCGUGUUCUGGCCGCGGUGGAUCCGACACACCGACUGCGAGGAAGACGGAGCCGGACCCAGCUGCUCGUUCCCCGCCGGGAUGACGUGCAAACGAGCCCAGGUGACCCAGAUCAAGAUACUGGCCUGGCACUGCUGGUUCGGACUGGGAGGACUGGGAGGACUGGGAGAGGGAGCCGAGGCGAGCGAAGCUAAACAGCAACAUUGUCUUUGGCGCCAAGUUCCCUACCCUGUCGUGACGGCGUGCAAAUGCAUGUGUCGUUAGAAAGAAACCGAUUUCUAACCAUAAUAAUAACUCCUUUUAGUGAAUGUUAGUAAAUGAUUUAAAAAUAUAUCUUUCAUCCCGUUAA